AUGCGUGCAAACAGCCGCACUGCAGAACUUGUCUGCGCUCAAAGUUUCCCACAAAACAGCAAAAGAGCCCGCAUGAUUGCUCCACCGAAAAGUAAAACACUGCGGACGACUACACCAAGAAGUAGCAAUACCCAUACUACUCCCCUCCCCACUGACUCGUUGCAACGUACAUAG